AGUGAAAACUGUUAACCCUAACGAAAGGUCAAAGAAGGGGCGAUCCAAUCCAACGGACAGUAUGGAGCCUCGGAAUUAAUCUCAUCGGUUUAGUCGUCUUUAUAAACAUUGGGGCCGAGGCCCAAGGACGCUAGGGUUUCUGGAAAGGGCACAGAGUGGUGCGAUUCAAGGUAAUAUCCUUCUGUUUUCAUCACUUCCUGGACUGAUUAUAUUUUUCAAUUUCACAAGAUCGAAUGGAUUUCAAUCCGUAAUCAAUCACUGGCUAUUUUGGAUUUCAGAUGAUUGAUUUCUUUAGCUCAUUCCGCAGGAGUGUUUAGCUACACUAUCGAAUGUUGCCGGAGGGUACAAGAAACUGUGUAUUUUCUAAAUGGAUUUUGCACUGUCCCAUUGCUGAGAAAACCAGAGAAAAGAAAAACUAGAUACUCUAGUUCCGUAUUCUGUUAGACUCGAUACGAAUUGUAAUUUUUUUUUGGGGCUAUUGCUGCUGUUAUUGUAAUCCCCUUUUUCUGAUAUGAACAAAACGAUCUCCCAAGAAAAAUUGUGGCUACUAAUCAAGGCUGGAGUCUCAAAAGGGCUCUUUUGCCAAAACCCAGUUUUGGGUGUUUGGAAAGGAAUACUGAUGAGCCUGAGAAUUGGCAUAGCUUUUGCCAUAGGCCUUUGGUUGGGAGCAAUUUUGUUCAUUGGUUGGAACUGGUGGUAUUACUUUGUAUUUUGCAGUCUUAUCUCAAUUUGUUUUUUGAAGCUGGCGGUUUAAAGUUUGAACAUUUUAACUUUGAGGCUAUGGUAUGAUCUUUGAUAUAUGGUUUUCAACCUGUGAUUCUUACGCUGAUAUUUUUUGAAAAUUUCUUAUUUGGGUCUUUUUAAGCAACUAAUCCACUAGCACUUGUUUUGAGCAUGGAGGGGCCCAUCUUCUGUGAAAUAGCAAUAUUGGCUUUUAUAAAGUUUUUGUAGUAUGCUGCCUGUUCUUUGUUUUAAUGGGAUUCAUGAGUUCUUUCUGAUUGAUAUGUUUUUUUUGUUGAUUUCUGGGCAGGGAUUUAUUAAUAUGUGUUACUUGUACUUUUCAAAAUGCAACAUAAUUUAUCUAGCUGGCAAUAAUCAAUAAUGUGCUUUAGAAAAUUUAUCAAUAAUUAAGUUGUGAAAUGCGGGGAAAUGAUCUUUUAUUUUCAAACCUAAUAUGAUUUUAAUACUAAUUUUUUCUAAAGUUUGGAUUGAAGUUUUACUAAGUUGUGAAUUGAUUGGCUUGUCAAUUGCCAUUCUAAUUUUGAUUUUUUUUUUGUAUUUGAAGUCAGACUAGGAAGAUACUAGUAUACUACUUUAAUUUUUAAUAUUUUUGAAUCAAUCAGCUGUCUUUUCCAUGUAAACCACAUACGUGUAAGAUUGAAAUUGUGUUAGUAAAGAAAAUGAAACUGGAAGUUAAUACUAUUGUUAUCAUCAUUAUUAUUUGUGAGUCAAUCUUGGGUGUCCUUUUUUGUGUAAACUAAAAUAAACUUUGUAUGUGUUGAUCAUUUAUGGUUGAUAAUAACAACUAUAGAGGUCCUAGGCUUGUUGGUGGAUUAUAAUUUAUCUUCUCAUUAAAGAAAAAUGGAAGUGAAAUUUGCAAGUGUUGCAGAGAUACAUUUGAACGAAGAAUGUCCCAUCGCAAAUUUGAGCAUCCCAGGCAUGGUUCUCUUGGAUUUCUUCCAAGAAAAAGAGCCUCUCGUCACAGAGGGAAAGUGAAAGCAUUCCCAAAAGAUGAUUCAACAAAGCCUUGUCGAUUAACAGCUUUCUUGGGCUACAAAGCUGGAAUGACACACAUCGUAAGAGAUGUUGAAAAACCAGGAUCAAAGCUCCACAAGAAGGAGACCUGUGAAGCAGUGACAAUUAUAGAAACACCACCUAUGAUUGUUGUUGGGGUUGUUGGUUAUGUCAAGACACCCCGAGGCCUCCGUUCCCUGCGGACUGUUUGGGCCCAGCAUCUUAACGAGGAGGUGAAGAGAAGAUUCUACAAAAAUUGGUGCAAGUCGAAAAAGAAGGCAUUUAGUAAGUACUCAAAGAAGUAUGAAACUGAAGAAGGAAAAAAGGACAUUCAGGCACAGUUGGAGAAACUAAAGAAGUACUGCUCUGUGAUUCGCGUUUUGGCCCAUACUCAGAUUAGGAAAGUGAAGGGAUUGAAGCAGAAGAAAGCUCAUCUGAUGGAAAUUCAGGUGAAUGGUGGAGAUGUUGCUAAGAAGGUUGACUAUGCCUACAGUUUCUUCGAGAAACAGAUUCCUGUUGAUACUGUUUUCCAAAAGGAUGAGAUGAUUGACAUCAUUGGGGUGACCAAAGGUAAGGGCUAUGAGGGUGUUGUGACUCGAUGGGGCGUGACACGUCUUCCCCGCAAAACCCAUCGUGGACUUCGCAAGGUAGCCUGUAUUGGUGCCUGGCACCCAGCUAGAGUUUCAUUUACAGUUGCCAGGGCAGGGCAGAAUGGUUACCAUCAUCGGACAGAGAUGAACAAGAAAAUAUACAAGCUUGGAAAGACAGGCCAAGAGUCUCAUUCAGCUGUGACGGAGUUUGACAGGACCGAGAAGGAUAUUACACCUAUGGGUGGUUUCCCUCAUUAUGGAGUGGUAAAAGAAGAUUAUUUGCUGAUGAAGGGCUGCUGCGUGGGCCCAAAAAAACGUGUGGUCACGUUGAGACAGUCGCUAUUGAGGCAGACUUCCAGAGUUGCUCUGGAGGAGAUCAAACUCAAGUUCAUCGACACAUCCUCCAAGUUUGGUCAUGGUAGGUUCCAAACUACACAGGAGAAGGCUAAGUUCUACGGACGGCUCAAGGCUUAAUAAGUGAAGUGAGAAGAAAAUCAAGAUCCAUUUCUGUUUUGCUGUAUUUUCUGAGUUUUAAUGGAACAUUUCCUUUUCUUAGUUUAAAAUCCUGGCUUUGUUUGUGCUUUAUUUUCACUUGUUUGACCAAAAAUAAGAUUGGGGUUUUGUACUUUCAA